GCUGUAAAGAUAAUGUAAUGAAAUACAGCAAAAGUUGUAUUGAAAUGGGAAGUUUGUGGAAUCCGAAUAUAACUGUUUGUAAAAUAGAGACAGAAUUAGACGUGAAUUUUACAACAAGCAGUCUUGGGCUUGAAUAUUUAAUACUGCUUUAUGAGAGUCAAAAGCAUGAAGUACUUCUUGAAAAAAACAUGGAAGCAAAGGAGGCAAUUCUUCCACGGGUGCAGCUACAACUACAAGUACUGGUUAUAUAUCCAGAAGAGUGUUUUCAUCACACUGUCCUUUCUUUUGCUGAACUCUUGCAUGAGGGCUGCCAGAAUGAUGUUAUUCUAGACAUGUGGGAGAAAAGGAGAAUUGCUGAAAAAGAUCCUGUACAAUGGCUUGCUGCUCAAAAAGCAGCAGCAAAUGGGGUGAUUUUCCUCAGUUCAAACCCUACCACUGCUGCAUGUGAUGUUUCUUGUAAAAGCAUAAGAAACAAUAACAUGGAAAACAUGUUCAUUCUUGCAGUUAACCUCUUCUGCAGUGACAUGACAAAGCAGUCCUCUGUACAAAAAUAUAUGGUUGUUUCUUUCAAUGAGGUGAGUUCACAAGACACUUUACCAAGUGCUCUGAACUUCUGUCCAAAAUACUGUCUUAUGAAGGACAUUGAGAACUUCUGCAGAGACCUUUCUGUUUCAUGCAAUAAGGGGCAUGCCAAGAAAUAG